GCGUGUUCCAUAACGGGGCCUCACGAUCCAGCUGUGCCGAGGACAAGACGCCCUGAGCGGCCAGGAGAGAGCGAGUCUUCCCGGUGUCUCGUCACGGUUGUUCCAGCGGCUGGUGGGGGGAAGAAGCGUCCGACAUGAGCAACGCGGCGUCCAGCGAUGUCACCAGGAGGCGGGUCCAGAACGGCGCCAACGGGUCGGCGGGGGAGAAGAGCGAGAAUGAGUCCGCGCAGUGGGGGAGAGCCUGGGAGGUGGACUGGUUCUCCCUGGUCAGCGUGGUGGCCUUGCUCCUCCUGGCCCCGGUCCUGGUCUUGUUCCUGGUGAUGGUGUGUGACCAGUACCAGUGUUCCAUAUCCCAGCCUGUGCUGGACGUGUACCAGGGCAGGAGCACCCUGCUCUCCAUCUGGGCCCGCGUACCCUCGCCCACCUGGAUGGCUGCCAAGAUCUACACUGCCUGGGUGCUCUUCCAGGUGUUGUUGUACAUGUGCAUCCCUGACGUCCUGCACAAAGUCCUUCCUGGUUACGUCGGGGGAGUCCAAGAAGGUGCCAGAACGCCCGCAGGUGUGAUCAACAAGUACCAGAUCAACGGGCUGCAGUGCUGGCUGCUCACUCACUUCCUGUGGCUGCUCAACACUCACUACUGGCACUUCUUCUCUGCCACCACCAUCUUUGACCACUGGAUGCCCCUCAUGUGGUGUGCUAACCUGCUGGGCUACACCGUCUCCACCUUUGCCUUCUUUAAAGCAUACCUCUUCCCCACCAACCCACACGACUGCAAGUUCACAGGCAACAUGUUGUACAACUACAUGAUGGGAAUAGAGUUCAACCCCCGUGUGGGUCGAUGGUUCGACUUCAAGUUGUUCUUCAACGGGCGCCCUGGCAUCGUGGCGUGGACCCUCAUCAACCUGUCCUACAUGGCCAAGCAGCAGGAAGUCUAUGGUCAUGUGACUAACUCCAUGGUGCUGGUCAACCUGCUGCAGGGUAUUUAUGUGCUGGACUUCUUCUGGAACGAGGCGUGGUACCUGAAGACCAUAGACAUCUGCCACGACCACUUUGGUUGGUACCUGGGCUGGGGAGACUGUGUGUGGCUGCCAUACCUGUACACGCUACAGGGUCUCUACCUGGUCUACCACCCGGUGCAGCUGUCCCAGACCCACUUCCUGCUGGUCCUGCUCCUGGGUCUGGUGGGCUACUACAUCUUCCGUGCCACCAACCACCAGAAGGACCUGUUCCGCCGCACCCAGGGCGCCUGCACCAUCUGGGGGGGGCAGCCCGCCUUCAUCCAGUGCUCGUACCGCUCGGCCGACGGCGCCGUGCACCAAAGCAAACUGCUGACCUCGGGCUUCUGGGGCGUGGCACGCCACUUCAACUACACGGGUGACCUGAUGGGCUCGCUGGCGUACUGCGCCGCCUGUGGCUUCCAGCACCUUCUGCCCUACUUCUACCUGAUCUACAUGAGCGUGCUGCUGGUGCACCGCUGUCUGAGGGACGAGCACCGCUGCAGCAGCAAGUACGGAGCCGACUGGCACCGCUACACCCGCACCGUGCCCCACCGCCUGCUGCCCGGAAUCUUCUAGAGAGUGGCCGCUUCCACACCAAUCAGCAGCAAGUACUGAGCCGACUGGCACCGCUACACCCGCACCGUGCCCCACCGCCUGCUGCCCGGAAUAUUCUAGACAGCUCUUGUCAUUUGUCACCACUUCCACACCAAUCAGCUGCUUGCAAUACUAGAAAAGCUUCAUCAGCACUUUUCCACAUGCAUCAUGUGACCUCUUUUAGUACUUUUCCACAUGCAUCAUGUGACCUCUUUUAGUACUUUUCCACAUGGGUCAUGUGACAUCUUUUAGUACUUUUCCAGAAGGGUCAUGUGACGUCGUUUAGUACUUUUCCAGAUGGGUCAUGGGACAUCUUUUAGUACUUGUCCUCAUGGGUCAUGUGACGUCGUUUAGUACUUUUCCAGAUGGGUCAUGUGACAUCUUUUAGUACUUGUCCUCAUGGGUCAUGUGACAUCUUUUAGUACUUUUCCAGAAGGGUCAUGUGAUGUCUUUUAGUACUUUUCCAGAUGGGUCAUGUGACAUCUUUUAGUACUUUUCCAGAUUGGUGGGGAACCCCUUCCCCACCAAUCAGCUGCUUGCAGUACAUAAAGACGUCAUUUUCCCAGCAAAGCAGAGUGUCUUCCAGUCAUCAAUCAAUCAGUCAUCAAUCAAUCAAUCAGUCUUCCAGUCAUCAAUCAAUCAAUCAAUCAGUCAUCAAUCAGUCAUCAAUCAAUCAAUCAGUCGUCCAGUCUAACAGGCGUGAGGCUGCAACACACCUGGUCGACACUGGAGGGCAGCAGAGGGCAGGACAUCACAUCACAGGCUUCCAUUUUGAUACGUUCCUCUUGUACCAUUUCUACAACAAUAAAGUCACUUUUUAUGAAAUAUUA